CUGAACGGUUCUCAACGUUUCUCCGUUCACACGUCACUGCUGUAGCUCGAGACUCGCGCACGUUAUGAACUGCGCUGGCUUUGGGUUGCAACUUAGUGAAUAAAUGCGUCGUUUGUUGGACCAGCGUUUAUUUUGCCUUGUGUUUUACUGAACGUAGCUGUGAAAGCGAAGAAAGAGAGAACCACAACAACAGCAGAAUGAAUGAGUCCGAGGGACUGCGGUUCAGGAGGUUGAACAGACCUCAAAUAAUUACAGAUGAAACCCACGAACCACAGUAUAAAACCACAAGCACUUACAGUGGGAAGGUGUUUCGUGUGACGUUACUGACAUUAGUAGCUUUCCUGUUCUUCCCACUGCUGGUGGUCAUUUUCCUGCUGGAGUCUCCCGUUCAACCAGAGGCGUUCAGUCUCAGUGAACCACCUCUGAUGACUGGCUGUUACGAGCCCAACCUAAAACUCAGACAGGCAGAGCGGCUGUUUGAGGAGCGGCUUAUCGGCCCAGAAUCUCUUGCUAACAUUGGAGAUGUUUUCUACACUGGGACGGCUGAUGGAAAGAUCGUCAAAAUCGAGGGAGGGAACUUUCACGUAUUAGCAACACUUGGCAAGCCACCAUGUGGCUCUCGAGAGUAUGAACACACUUGUGGACGUCCUCUGGGAAUCCGUGUGGGGCCCAACGGCACCUUGUUUGUAGCUGAUGCCUAUUUGGGACUGUUUGAGGUCAAUCCUGUCACAGGUGAGGUAAAAUCUCUGUUGAGCACAGGGAAGAUGGUCGGUGGUCGCCGUCUGGGCUUUGUCAAUGAUCUGGAUGUAACUCAGGAUGGGAAAAAGCUGUACUUCACUGACUCCAGCAGCAGAUGGCAGCGCAGAGACUUCAUGCACCUGAUCAUGGAAGCCACGGCAGAUGGACGUGUUCUUGAGUAUGAUCUAGAGACUAAGGAAGUGACUGUGAUGAUGGAGAACCUGAGGUUUCCAAACGGCAUCCAGCUCUUCCCUGAUGAGGAGUCUGUUCUGGUGGCUGAAACCACAAUGGCCAGAAUAAGGAGAGUUCAUGUGUCUGGUCUCAAUAAAGGAGGUAUGGAUACAUUUAUAGACAACCUCCCGGGAUUUCCUGACAACAUUCGGCGCAGUUCUUCAGGUGGAUACUGGGUUGCCAUGUCCGCUGUGCGACCCAACCCUGGCUUCUCCAUGCUUGACUUCCUGUCUCAAAGACCCUGGUUAAAGAAGCUCAUAUUUAAGCUCUUCAGUCAAGAUACUCUGUUGAAGUUCGUGCCGCGCUACAGUCUGGUGGUGGAGCUGCAGGACGGAGGGACGUGUGUGCGCAGCUUCCACGACCCACACGGCAUGGUGGCGGCCUACAUCAGCGAGGCACACGAGUACAACGGCCACCUGUACCUGGGCUCCUUCCGCUCGCCGUAUCUGUGCAAGCUGGAUCUGAGCAAAGUGUGAAACACGUCACGAGCCUAACAGAUGCUCUACUCGAGUCAUUUCACCCUGGCUUCCAAACUAACAGAUUUCGAAGCAAUUAACAUUGGCAAACAUCAACAAGAACACUUAUUAACAUCUUCCAUAUUACAGUCAACACUGAACAAACACAGUCCCUUCAUUUGAUCACCAUUCUCUUCAUUUAGCUCUGACAGACGCCUGUCUUUUUGUUCCAUUAACCCAUGUGGGCGACUUUCUUUUUUUAGAGAUGCGCGGUGCAUAAUAAGCUCUCUGGCAGGCUGUUUUUUAAAUCAAAAGAUGUGCCAUUACUAUUUUUGUUUCUCCCCCUUGUCACAGAAAUUAUGCAGUUUCUGUGCUUGUUUUAUUUGCAGCGAAUGUCGUCUGGCUCUAAAAAUAGAGCUGCCAACAGUUUGUUUUUAAAGGUGCUGUGAUACGAAACAAGACGACUGGUAAAAACAAUAAUAAUUUCUGUGGGUGGCAGCAUAGAGAUGCUGUUUGGGGGAAGUGAAAGGGUAUUUUCACUUCAUUAUAAAAUGAAUCUCCUGAAACACACAGCUAUAAUUAUCUCUGGCUUUGAAAAUGUUUGAAUGUUUUGGUUUAUUUUUAAUUGAGUUGUUGAAAGUGUUAAUUUUGUUCUCAUGUGUCAUCAUAAUUAUUUGUAUAUGUUGCUGAAAUUAUAUAAAUGCUGCUGGCUUUAUAGUAUUUACCACACCUUUACCCAAGUAUCUGUGUGUUUUCCAUAUUUAUAUGAUGUCUAUUAGAAUUAUCAGCAAUAAUGUCAUAUACAGUAGCAGUGGUUCUCAACUGGUGGAUUGUGGCCCACUUUAUGGGACAACAGCGAGGGGAAAAGAACAGUGCUAAAUGGAAAUAAUAAAUUAAAUUAAUCAAUUAAUCUUGCGUAGUUGGGAAAGCAAACAAAAAAAAAAAAUUGGAUUAAUUUACAGAAAAUGUACUCACCCUCAGGACAUCAAUGUUGUAGAUGAGUUUGUUUCUUCAUCAGAUCUGGAGAAAUGUAGCAUUACAUUACUUGCUCGUCAAUGGAUCCUUUGCAGUGAAUGGGUGCCGUCAGAUUGAGAGCUGAUGAAAACAACACAAUAAUCCACACGACUCCAGUAAAUUAAUGUUUUGGGAAGUGAAAAACUGUUUGUAAGAAGCAAAUCCAUCGAGACGUUCAAACUUCAAAUCGUUGCUUCUCGCUGAAGUAUCCGUUGACCCAUAAUAUUGUUUUCUCCAGUGAAAAAGACGUCUAAAUCAGAAGAGAAAUCUGCACAGACAAAGCUGCGACAAACAAAAAUAGUCCUAAACCGUUUUAAACAAACAUGUGGGUGUAAUUUAAUGUGAGAGGACAGCAGGAGAUGGACUUGGAGGAAGCGUUAUGGAUUGGUAUUUUGGCUAGAAGCAAUGCCUUGAUGGAUUUGUUUCUUACAAACAUGCAGCUUUUCACUUCACAAGACAUUAACUGGUGUGGAUUAUAUGUUUUAACAGCUGUCUGACGGCACCCAUUCACUGCAGAGGAUCCGUUGGUGAGCAAGUGAUCUCAUGCUAAAUGACUUCAAAACUCAUCUACAUCUUGGAUAGCCUGAGGGGUGAGUACAUUUUCUGUCGUUUAAACAAUACAACAAUGUUAACACCAAAGUUGUGGGUUUGAUGGCCAUGAACUGGGCAUGGAGUCGGCGUAAGUUGCACUGAAUUAAAACUUCUGAUAAAAGUAAGAUCUUGUGUCUUGAACUUGUCGGUUGUUUGAUCUCAAACUAAUUUGUUGUGGAUAAACAUUUGAAUGGUGUCACAUACUAAUGCUUAAACUGAAGUUCAGACUAAUGUUGUUUUACCAAACAUUAAAAUAUAUAUAUUCUAACCAUUUCAAAUGUACAUCGAUGACUGCUGUAAUAUAAAAGCAGUUAACUUUUUAUUUUAAGGACCUUUGUAUGAUCACUGCUUCAUGUCCACACCAAAUCUGGCUUCUGAAACAAAUCCGGUUGAGAGCCUCUGUCCCAUUGGAUGCUUGUACACACCUAUAAUGGCCAUAUGGAGUUAUGAAUCUAGGACAAGUACGUCAUACACAUCCAAAAACACAUAGUAAAUGAGUAGUCAAAAAAGAAUCAAUAAAUCUGUUCACACAAACCCGA